UCCGAUCGUUUGAAGCUUUUGAACGAACGAACGAACGAGAGAAAGAAAGAACAGCAGAAGUUGAAAUUGCGGCAGAGAGAGAAAAGAUCAGAAGAGGAGAAAGAAAAUAUCUUUGGUGGUUGUUGAGAGAUUGAAAUCUUUAUAAAUUGUGGUGUGUUUGUUUUCCUGGUUAUGGUAAAGUGAGAAGAUGGUAGUUGGAGCAGAAAUUGUGUGUCAACAGAGCGUCCCUGUGUUGGAAGUUCAAUUCUUUGGUAAAGGUAGCGAUGUUUGCGAGAUCGAUGAGGUUGUUUCGAUCUCUCCCCGGAAAUUCGAUCAAGUUCGCGUCCCCGAGCCUGUUUCGCCUGAGUUAUCGACUACGUCUCUGGACAUAAGUUCGGGGGAUAAAGUACCAGAUGUGUCUCAUGAAUCCUCCAUCCUGCAAUUUGUCCCCAACAUCCGUUCUGGGAGCUUUGCUGACAUCGGUCCCAGGAGAUACAUGGAAGAUGAGCAUAUAUCGAUAGAUGAUCUAUGUAAUCACUAUGGCUCUCUAUUUGAGUUUCCCAAGCCAAGUGCUUUUUAUGGGGUUUUUGAUGGUCAUGGAGGACCUGAAGCAGCAGCUUAUGUCAGAAAGCAUGUCAUGAGAUUGUUUUUUGAAGAUGUCAACUUCCCCCAGACAUCUGAAGUUGAUAAUGUCUUUUUGGAAGCGGUUGAAAACACCCUGCGGAAAGCAUUUCUUCUUGCUGACCAAGCUUUGGCAGAUGACUGCAGCGUGAGCAGUUCUUGUGGGACUACUGCACUUACUGCUUUCGUAUUUGGAAGACUUUUAAUGGUGGCCAAUGCUGGCGACUGCCGAGCAGUUCUAUCCCGUAAAGGAGAGGCAAUAGAUAUGUCUCAAGACCAUAGGCCUAUUUAUCCACCAGAGCGGAGACGUGUGGAAGAAUUGGGUGGAUACGUAGAUGAUGGAUAUCUCAAUGGCGUGUUAUCUGUUUCUCGAGCCCUUGGAGACUGGGACAUGAAGUUCCCUCGGGGUUCUCCUAAACCUCUUACUGCAGAGCCAGAAUUUCAACAGGUGGUUCUAACCGAGGAUGACGAGUUUCUGAUUAUUGGCUGUGAUGGCAUUUGGGACGUAAUGUCUAGUCAGCAUGCAGUAAGCAUUGUCCGACGUGGUCUUCGUCGGCACGAUGACCCAGAGAAGUGCGCUAGGGACCUUGUCAUGGAGGCAUUGCGUCGAAAUACAUUUGACAAUCUAACUGUUAUCGUGGUGUGCUUCUCUUCUCUUGAUCACCUGGAACCCUUACCUACUCGACAGCGAAGAUUGAGAUUCUGCACCCUCUCUGCAGAAGCCUUGUGUAGCCUGCGGAGCUUAUUGGAUGGUAACGCCAAUCGCUGAUGUAAAAUACAGAGCAUAUGCAGUUUCUGAUUCGCUUCAGUUACAUGGUAAAAAGAAGAAAAGCAGCCAGCAGUUUUGUUGGUGUUGAUUUAUGGCAAGUUCUGGGUGGAUCUGUACAUAAAGGUCAGUGUCAGCUUAAUAUGAGAUGGUGGUGUAGAGGUGUAUUUAGAUUUGCGAAUAAGUUUAGAAUUAUGGGUGGAUCCUUUUGGUCCGCAUCCACCAUGACUGGCUGCCCAUUUGAUGUACAACUUACCUUUUGUCUUGUGGAGGUGCUGUAGCUUGUACAUUCUCAAUUUCUCUAUAAGAUAGUAACAUUAUUGCGGUUA